AUGGAUCACUUGUCGGCGACGACGAGUGAUCGUUAUCGAACACGAUUGUUCGAUUCGUCAAGGAUUCAUCACCUUGACCCCAGCGCGAAAAACUAUCGCGCUGAGAAUGAAUUCUUCAUCGAUGCUUUCUUUAGACAUCGAUGGUACAGUGGGAAUCACAAACGUGAUGGUCCCUCACUACUUCAAGCGUGGAACGUUUACAUCCAUAACCUCGAGCAUGUGGAUCGGUGUGUUCCCGAGAGCUUCUUUGAUCGCGUAACGCAAGGGUUACGCGGCGAUCUCGAACAUGAGCGGGACAGGCGUCUUCAACUGGCGGACGCUGUCUUGAAGCAUCGAGCUGAGUUUGCCUUUGCUCAGCUUGAGAACGAGAGAGCUCUGACAUCUCUUCGUGACGAUCUAAGGGUAGCUCGUGGGAUUGCUGAUCGGUCUCGGGAUGAGAUAGCUGCUCUUCAGACCCUUGUUGAUGCCCACCAUCGGGAGCACAAGGCUCUCUGCGAGAUGCUUGAGCGCAAGGGCGUUCUUCAUCGGAAGAAGCAGCGUACUGAUGGUACGGCUUAA